UCUACGAGUCUACAACCAGUUUCACUUGAUUAUUUUUCAUAUUAUAAAACUGUUUAACAUAAAAUAAUUUUUAUUAYUUUAAAUCAUUUUUGUGUACCUAAACAUUUUGAGCAAAAGUAGUUUCGACAAUAUAAAAAAACAUUCCUAAUAAAUCACAAUCGUCACAAUAGUACACUAUUGUACAUGAUGAAGACGAAUAUCGAUCAGAGGGGUCCGGCGAUGUCGAUAAGUUUGCAGCUUUUGGUCAUUGGGAUUUUCGUGUCAGCGUGUGCGGCGUACAGCGGGGACGAAGGAUCGGUGGAUUAUUUCCGUGGCCAUGGCGGAGACAGUAACAAACAGUUACCGGUCAUAUUGAUGCACAAACAAGCGCUGCAGGAGGACGGCGGUUUUCARUACGCUUUCGCGGCCGACAACGGUCUUCGACAAGGCGAAUCGAUCCGACCGGACGGAAGCCGGACCGGAGCAUACUCAUACACGGACCCCGACGGUAAAGAGAUCUCCGUCAAGUACACGGCUGGUAAGGACGGUUUCCGCAUAAUACAGGGAGACCAUGUGCCAAAAGCUCCCGUGUCCGUGGUACCGUUACAACAGCAAUCGUCGGCGCCAGCUUACGUUCCAUCGCCAUCUUCCAGCCGUCCGUUGUCUAAGAACAGAUUGUUUGGUGCUCCCGGUGGACCUGGUUCUCAAUUUAGCAGAGGCGAUUUCCACAACGCAGGCAGAUUUGAUCACAAUAGUGGAGAAUCUUUUGGUGCACCGUCGCCAUAUAAAUCAAAGUAUUCGAAACCUCAACAACACUACAGAGUGCGCGAAGACAAUAGUGCCGAAUUAGCGGCUAGGUACGAUGACGACGGAUCAUCUGCAUACGACGGUGCCGGAGAUUAUAGCAGUCACAGUCCAUUCCGGACACCUUCGUCUCCCGCGCAUAGUGCCUACAGUGGUUCCAGUGUUAACUCACAAAAAGAUGAUGGCAGUUUAAAUAGCAACGAGCAACAACCCCACUCAUUCGGUAGUGGUUAUGCAUUCGAAUUUGGUGGUAGUAACAAUAACGGCGGAACAUCACCUGAAUACUAAACGCAAUUUAUUUUCGUGUUCUUCUCGAACUUUGGUAAUUAAUGUAUAAACCAUAGUUCAAGCAAUGAUUUUAAAAAUAAUUAUUUUGUUGAUAAUUAUUUAUAUUCUGCGGGAGAUUGUUAUAAGAUAUAUAGUG